AAUUCUGUAACGGCGCAAUAUUUAAACUAAUGUAGGUUUUUUAUGCUACGAACAUUUUACUCCAGCUUAUCAACUAUGAAUAACCAACUGAAAAUUAGUCAUUUACGAGUUCCGUACAGAAAAUCUGGUGAUAUUUUCGAUGUCAUAAAUUUAAAGCAUAAAGACCCCUUACUUUUGUUUAAGUCGUGGUUUGAAGAAGCUAUCAAUUGUGAACAUGUUUUCGAACCCAAUGCAAUGGCUCUGGCAACUUGUAGCAAGCUAUGUAUUCCAAGUGUACGGUUUGUCCUUCUGAAAGAGUUGGAUGAAAAUGGAUUUCAUUUUUUCACCAAUUAUAAUAGCAGAAAAGGUCAAGAGCUUGAUCAAAAUCCAUAUGCAAGUCUUGUUUUUUAUUGGGAACCUCUUAAGCGUCAGGUACGUGUGGAAGGCAUUGUUUCACGUGCUCCCGAUGUAGAAAGUGAAGAAUAUUUCCAAUGUCGUCCAAAACCUAGUCAAAUCUCCGCUACAGUUAGUCCACAAAGUGAAGUAAUUCCUAGUCGUGAAUUUUUGGACAAAAAGUACGUAGAAUUAGAAAAUGAAUAUGUUGAUAAAGAAAAGCUUCCAAAGCCUUCAAAUUGGUACGUUCCUAAAAUACAUUUAUAUAAGAGAGUUAUUUAA